UCCCCCUUUUCUCUUCCUCUUUCUUCUUCACAACAACACACCAUCUUAUAACUCUAAACUCUCAUACCCUCUCUCUCUCUCUCUCUCUCUCUCUCUCUGAUACUUUAAGUUUUUAGACAUACAAAUUAACAAAAAAAAAAAAAAAAAACAAAAACAAAUUCAAUCAACAAACGCCAUAGCAGAGCAUCGCCCAUGGACGACGAGAAGAAGAAGGAAGGGAUUGUAAAGCUCGAAGACACUAGCACAAGCAGCGACGGCGGUGGCGGCGGCGGCGAUGGUGGUGGAGAUUUCCCAUUUUCCGAUAACGUGAUACCAAAUGGAUUCUUUGAUUUUUCUGACGGUGAAAAAUGCUCUGUUGGGUUCAUGGAGUUGCUUGGUCUUAAUAAUAACUGUGAAUUUAAGGAUUAUUGUUCUGAGGUUUUUAAUCCUCCGGCCACCCCCAAUUGCUCCUCCUCCGUCUCCUCCGCCUCUAGCGACGCUGUUAACGACGACGACCCACAACAACAACAACAACUCAACCCCACCACUAAACAAUUGAAAGUGAAAAAGAGGAAGGAGAAGAAAGAGAAGGAAGCCAGAUUUGCAUUCAUGACAAAGAGUGAAGUUGAUCAUCUAGAAGAUGGGUAUCGAUGGAGAAAGUACGGCCAAAAAGCUGUCAAAAACAGCCCUUUUCCUAGGAGCUAUUACCGUUGCACAAGUGCAGCUUGUAAUGUAAAGAAGAGAGUUGAACGAUCUUUUGCUGAUCCAACCGUCGUGGUGACCACCUACGAAGGCCAACACACUCACCCAAGCCCGAUCCUAUCCCGGUCCGCCCUAGCCGUCGCUAUUCCACCUCCGCCCUCCACCGGUGGCCCAGGCGGAAGGUGUGUUGGCGUUGCAGCCAUGCCGUGGCUCAAAGCUAGCAACAAUCCUCAUGUCGAAACAAAUGGUGACAUUAUUCCAGCAUGGUCUCAUCAAUACUUUCAAAAUUCGACCUACGCUACUCCCCAAAAUUUAGCCGUUAAUUACAACCGAAGCAACCACAUCGGAGCAGCGAACGCGGCUGGAAUCCUCCAGGAGAAACGGUUUUGCAACCCAAAAGCUACAUUUCUUGUAGACCAUGGGCUGCUUCAAGAUGUUGUUCCUCCCCACAUGCUGAAACAGGAGUAAAAAUAUACUAUAUCAUUAGCCAUUACAAUAUAUAGAUAUAUAGAUAUAAAAUUAUAUUAGUUUAAGUUGAAAAACUUGUGUUUAGUUUGAAUUUUAGCCCAGAGAACUGACUUGUGUUGUUCAUAGAAGAUGUUAGAUGAACACAAAGAAAAUCCAUUCAUGAUUAUGAGGUUGAAUUUUCUUGCUGACAAAGUUUGAUUGAUGAUGAUCUCA